AUGGAGAACACCCCUGACUUCUUUGAUGUAGAACAACUUCUUGAAGAUGAGUUGAUGGCAGAGUACCUCUUCUAUGCACAAGACUUGGUAAGCUCCGAUUCUGAACCUGACUCUGAAACUGAACAUGAAACAGCAACUAUCAUUACACCACAUGUUAGUAAUGGUAGAGAACAAACAGAGCUAAGUGUAGCUGAAAAGAGGAAAAUACUAGAUGACCUUCUAACUAUAUCAAAACAGAACAAGUUAGCUAGAGGUGUCAUCACAACAACAAAAACAAAGUAUGGGGUUCAUAGAACCACAGUCUCAAGAUUGUGGAAUGAUGCAGUAAAACAGAAGGGAACCGGUGUUCCCAUAAAUGUGCAGUCCAAGAAGGUUGGGAAAGUGGGUAGAAAACCCAUUUUUUUUAGUGAAGAGUGGUUGCAAUCAGUACCAUUACACAAAAGAACAACUGUGAGGAGCUUUGCAGGAGCUUUGAGGGUCUCUCCCUCACUCAUUUACAUGUUACUUAAAAAGGGACUUCUUAGAAGCCACACAAGCAGUAAUCACCCUGCUAUGACAGCAGCUCAUAAAUUACAGAGAAUGAAAUGGGUGUUAAAGCACAUUGAACCAAGCACACCAACACAAAAACAAGUUUUCCAGAGUAUGCAUAAUGUCAUUCACAUUGAUGAAAAAUGGUUCUAUUUGAACCCAGACACAAGGAGGUUUUACUUGCUACCAAGGGAAGAUGAUCCAUAUAGAUGUCAACAAUCCAAAAGAUACAAGAUAAAAGCCAUGUUUAUGGGGGUUGUUUCUAGGCCAAUAUAUGACAAUGAAGGGAAGAUGAUACACGAUGGCAAGUUCGGUAUUUUUCCAUUUGUGAAAAAAGUUACAGCCCAAAAAAGAAGCACAAAUAGGGAAAGGGGAACCAUAGAAACAAAACCCAUACAAAACAUUAAUCAAGCAAUCAUCAGAGAUAUGCUCAUACAACAAAUCAUUCCAGCAAUUAUGGCCAACUGGCCUGCUUCUCUGUCAAAGGACAUAUAUAUUCAACAGGAUAAUGCUAGGCCACAUAUAAAACCUAGUGAUGAAGAGUUCACACAUGCAGCCACACAAAAUGGAUUCAAUAUCCAGCUCAUUUUCCAACCACCACAAUCUCCUGAUCUAAAUGUCUUAGAUUUAGGUUUUUUUAGGGCUAUUCAAGCAUUGCAAUAUCAGUCAUUCCCCAAGAAUCUAGAUGACUUAAUCGAAAAGGUGCAGGAUGCAUAUGAUUUCUUUGAUUCGGAAGUGCUUAAAUAUAAUUGGCUACAGUUACAAUGGGUUAUGGUGGAGAUACUGAAAUGCAAAGGGGGGAACACCUUCAAAAACCCACAUCAUGGGAAAAGGAGGUUGGAGAGGCAGGGGUUGCUGCCUGCCAAUGUUGAAGUGCAGCAAAGUGUGAUUGAAGAAGCAGUAAAAUACAUGAUUGAAAAAUGA